GUAACUGGUGUGAGAUGGUAUCUCACUGUGGUUUUGAUUUGCAUUUCUCUGAUGGCCAGUGAUGACGAGCAUUUUUUCAUGUGUCUGUGGGCUGCAUAAAUGUCUUCUUGUUGAUGGGUAUCUUUAAACCCAGCUAAAAUCUUAACCCAUAAAAAGCCCUUGGCUUGCUCCUUUCUUACCAUGCCCUAAGAAUGUGACCUCUGAUGGUAAGAUCAGUAACCUGAAGAACUGAACCGAUACUUUGGGCGUGUUUUUUAAUUUAAUUACAAUUUUUAUCAAAUAUUUGAUUCUUUUUUUUCCUCCCUGGCCAAAUUUAUUUCAGGAAUGUGCUUGUCUGAGACUUCUGAUGGCUGAGGUUUCUUAGGUACAUCUCGUGACUUGAAUGCAGAAUUGGAUGCAAUCUGGAUAGAUUAGGAAAUACCUUCUCUAAGGUACUUAUUAGGUCUGGUUGACUUUGUAGAGCUGAUCCAAGAGCAGGCAAAUUGCUUCCAGCAGACACAGUCCAGAAAAACAGCUCUGUAGCAGGCAUCUCUUAACACCACAGUAUAUUCUGGGUAGCUGCUCUGCAGUAAUGCAGCCCUGUUGUUCUGGGCAGUGUUGUUAUUCCUGCUGCAUAAUUAGCAACUAGUGAGAUCAUAGUCUGGGGAGAUUCUGGCGUUACUGAGGCAAGGGAGGGUUCGUGUCUCAUCACACAUGGCUCCCGCUCUGAUAGCAUUUCUGCUGAGCAGAUUCGUGUCCUUCUGGAACUUAAAUCCAAAGAUGGAGGAAAAAGAUUUGUACCUAGGAAAUGGACUGUCUCAGACUCCUUGGUUGUAUUAAAGCGUGUUGAAAACAACACUGCUUGCCAUAUUGAUAUAACCAGAAUAAAUUGUUACUUCUCUUGCAAUUUGUUUUCCCCUUGCUGAUUUCUUUAUAGAGGGCAAAGAUUGUAAAGCUACGAUGUCCUUGCACAGAGGAUGGUGACAGACCAGAUGAGCCCUAUUUUAUGGAGCAGUAUGAGAUUGGGAAAGAUUCUGGGUUUUGAAGCCAUGCAGAUUCUAAUCUUGUGUACCUUACCAUUUGGUAAAGUUACCAAAUUUGGCCUUUAUAGAAGCCUGGUGAGACACUUGACGCUUGUGAAGAUCUGGGUAAAGGGCUUUCCUGACUGCUAAUGUCCUUCAGAAUUGAGUGCCUGGAGCAGUAUUGCCCAAAGUGUAUCCAAGCAUUAUUUGCACUCCAAAAUACCUUGGAAACAGUAGGUUCCAUAAUCAGGUUUGUAGAAACACUGCAUUCUGUGUUCUCUCAGCCGUCACCAUCCUUAUUAGUAUAUUAAAAGCCUCUAAGAGGUUCCACUAUAGGCAAUUUUUAAAACCCUUUUGACACAGCAGUCCUAUUUCUAUGUAAAAGCUAUUAAUACCAUAAGAUAGGCACUUUGGGAAAUGCCAGGCUAUAUUAUCACUAGGAAAAAUAAGUGGGUCUAGCCGGGUUCGGUGGCACAUGCCUCGUAGUCCCAGCUACUCUGGAGGCUGAGGCAGGAGGAUUGCUUGAGCCUAGGUAUUCAAGACCAGCCUGGGCAACACAGUGAGACAGUCUCUAAAAUAGAUAAACAGUUGGGUCUAGUCUUGGUUUAGGCAAAGCCUAAUUCUGCUUUUUUUUCCUUUUUUUUUUUUUGCCAACCAAACAAGCAGUAGUGAUAAUUGUGUUUUUGAUCUCAAGUUCUUCUCACUGGUCCCUUGGAGAGCUUUCCUAUGUGAUCAGAAGAGCAGCUACUGUGAUUCCUGGGCUAAUGAAGCCUAGACCCCAGCUGGAUUGGAAGCAAAGACCUUCCCUCCACUGGGAAAGAAUCCUAAUGUACCUGGCUAGCUGGUGGUGAGCAGGGGCUUUGGGGCCAACUUGUUGGGCUCCCCAAGGAAACCCCUUUGAAACCAAUGGAUGCAUUCACGGGCUCGGGUCUCAAGAGGAAGUUUGAUGAUGUGGAUGUGGGCUCAUCAGUUUCCAACUCGGAUGAUGAGAUCUCCAGCAGCGAUAGUGCUGACAGCUGCGACAGCCUCAAUCCUCCUACCACUGCCAGCUUCACACCCACAUCCAUCCUGAAGCGGCAGAAGCAGCUGCGGAGGAAGAAUGUACGCUUUGACCAGGUGACUGUAUACUACUUUGCCCGGCGCCAGGGUUUUACCAGUGUGCCCAGCCAGGGUGGUAGCUCACUGGGCAUGGCCCAGCGCCAUAACUCUGUACGGAGCUACACACUCUGUGAGUUUGCCCAAGAACAGGAGGUGAACCAUCGAGAGAUUCUGCGUGAGCACCUGAAAGAAGAGAAACUCCAUGCCAAAAAAAUGAAGCUGACCAAGAAUGGGACAGUGGAGUCGGUGGAGGCCGAUGGCCUGACGCUGGAUGAUGUGUCAGAUGAAGAUAUUGAUGUGGAAAAUGUGGAGGUGGAUGAUUACUUCUUCCUGCAGCCUCUGCCCACCAAACGGCGACGGGCCCUGCUGAGGGCUUCUGGGGUCCACCGCAUUGAUGCUGAAGAGAAGCAAGAACUUCGAGCCAUCCGCCUGUCACGGGAAGAAUGUGGUUGUGACUGCCGACUGUAUUGUGACCCAGAAGCGUGUGCCUGCAGCCAGGCUGGGAUUAAAUGCCAGGUGGAUCGCAUGUCCUUUCCAUGUGGCUGCUCCCGGGAUGGCUGUGGGAACAUGGCAGGGCGCAUUGAAUUUAAUCCAAUCCGGGUUCGGACUCAUUACCUCCACACCAUUAUGAAGCUGGAGCUGGAGAGCAAGCGGCAGGUGAGCCGCCCAGCAGCCCCAGAUGAGGAGCCCUCCCCCACUGCCAGUUGCAGCCUGACAGGAGCACAGGGCUCUGAGACCCAGGACUUCCAGGAGUUCAUUGCUGAGAAUGAGACAGCAGUGAUGCACCUGCAGAGUGCAGAGGAACUGGAGCGGCUCAAGGCAGAAGAAGAUUCCAGCGGCUCUAGUGCCAGCCUGGACUCGAGCAUUGAGAGCCUGGGUGUGUGCAUCCUGGAGGAGCCCCUGGCUGUCCCCGAAGAGCUGUGCCCAGGCCUUACAGCCCCCAUUCUCAUCCAGGCUCAGCUGCCCCCAGGCUCCUCUGUCCUGUGUUUUACCGAGAACUCAGACCACCCAACUGCCUCAGCGGUGAACAGCCCAUCCUACUUGAACAGUGGGCCCCUGGUCUAUUAUCAGGUGGAGCAGAGGCCAGUCUUGGGAGUGAAAGGAGAGCCUGGUACAGAAGAAGGCUCAGCCUCUUUCCCAAAGGAGAAGGAUCUGAAUGUCUUCUCUCUCCCUGUCACCUCACUGGUGGCUUGUAGCUCCACAGACCCAACUGCCCUCUGUAAAUCAGAGGUGGGGAAAACACCCACCCUGGAAGCGCUAUUGCCCGAAGAUUGUAACCCUGAGGAGCCUGAAAAUGAAGACUUCCGCCCUUCCUGGUCCCCCUCAAGCCCCCCCUUCCGCACGGACAAUGAAGAGGGCUGUGGGGUGGUAAAGACCUCCCAGCAGAAUGAGGAUCGGCCCCCUGAAGAUUCUUCCUUAGAACUCCCUCUGGCAGUGUGAUAGGGGCUAGAGGUCCUGCCUCUUACCCAUUCUCUAUUUAUUCCCUUAUUUUAUCUAACACCAUUUCAAAACAAAACUGUAGAAGCAGCUGCUGCUCCCAUGUUAUUUUAUUGGGGUCUUUGGGGAAUGGGUGGGAAAGGAUUGUUUGAGUAUUUUUUAAAAGGGAAACAGUACCAAGGAGACCAGCCCCAGCUUGAUCUGGGGAUCCUGGGGCAGAGAAAGCUGCAUAGUGCUGAACACUCAGCUUUCUGGGCCACUGGAACAAAGAACUAGGAUCUCACAGGAGAAGCUGGGUAACUCAAGCAGCUAGUCUCUCUGUAGGGACCAGAACAUGAGAAUUUGAAGAACAUGGCAAAGCCCCUUCUCUCCCAAGCCCCAGGCAGAGUACAAGCUCAUUUUUCUCGGUGGCUAUUCUGAUACCCCAUUUUGGUGUGUCAUAAUACUUCAAACUAGAAAGUCACCUGGUCGAGUCUCAGGAGGAGGGAGUGGAAGGAUCUCUGCUUCUGUACAAAAUCUCCAGGAUUUACAAAAAUUUAACCUGCCUUCCUUCAAUCCCCUAUUUGGUAAAUAGGUUAAUAUUUGACAUGUUUGGUGUUCUCCGACCUGUUCCCCACACUGGGGAUUCCUGGUCUGUAACUUGAAUUGUUUCUUCCACAUGUUCUUAAGUACUAGAGUUAAACUUGUCUAUAUGUCUUUUUUUCCCUCCAUCCUUUUUCCUUUGGAGAAAAAGAGCUGGAUUGGCUGGGGAUGUGCUAUAAAGAGCCUGAGCCUUCUGUACGUAUCUGAUGCUAGCACUGUCAGGCAGCUUUCGGCUGGGGCUCACCCAUCCCACAGGAGGCCUAUGUGGAGCAUUAACUGUGACCAAAGGAGGCAGCGGGAACAGGCUGCUUGCUAUUUGGAAAGAUGACAUAUUUGUGCUGUGCUUGUUUUUUCACCUAGGUUUUUCCCUUUUUGUGAGAUCUGAGCUUCAGUGGAAUGUAGGAUGUGGCAAUCGUAAGGUCACAACCAGUUUUCGUUCUUUUUUUCCUGUAUCUACCCUCAUGGUUGUUUUCAACAUACCAGGUUAGAGAGUUCUUACACUGUUCAAGUCCAGGAAUUGCAAAUGUUUAUUGGACCCCUCCAUCUUGAUGAUAUAUAAAAAUUGGAAGCCACACCAGUUCUUAAAUGCCACAUGCAAUUCCCAGAUUCCAAAGGAUUCAGGUUCUAAUUAUAACCUUUGAAGCAUAUAGAAUGGAACUCACUCAGUUUGAUUCAGUUCUUACCUCUGUCAGGGGGAAUACAGUUCCUGUUCAUCCUAUGUUCUAAGAUCUCCUCCACUGAACAGCACUGAUUUCCUUUUAUUAGCAAUCUUUGCCUCUGUUCUAAAAUGGAGGCAGUAGGGAGCAAAACUACUCUUCUCAAGCAUCCUUUACACCAUACAUUACUUCUGGUAUGGUUUAUUAACCACACACACAAAAGAGUGAAAAACUAUGUUGGGGGGAUACAAUACUACUUAUCUUCCUCACAAAGCCUUUUCUGUGGGAUAUAAAGGCCCUGGUGUCUUACAGAAACUAUGUAUGUCGCAGAAGCAUUUCACCCCUGAAGUCUCUAAGCUCGAGCCUGAAAGGAUUUGUAUUUAAUACACAUACAUUGUUUAGUUCAUUCUGCCUCUCCUAUUUGUUCCAGUGUUUGCUUGGUUUUAGUUUGGAGGGGAACUUAAGUACAUAAAUCCUUAUCUCUCCCCAUCCCCUAGCCUCACGAAACAGAGUUGAGAGUCUUAAGUACCUGAGAUCUCGAAGCUAUCCAGAACUGAACUAGACUCCCCUACCUUAGACUAGUACCCGCCAACACAGGACUGAAGCUUAAUUGGGAAUUUGGCUUUAUGGAGAAAAGAAUCUUUUUCAAAGUUUGUGUCAGAAGGGGAGGGUGAGGUCUGCACACUGCCUUUGCAGGAAGGCUCUAGGUUAAUCUAGGAAGUAGAUUCCAGCUGCACGAUGAGGAACACAUUAGCUUUUGGGAUCAAACCAGGAAUAUGAAUCUGUAAUUAUUAAGCUCAUUGCCAACCCAUAAGAUAACUGAUGUUUCUGAAAACCUGUAGUUUCUUAAUCUAAGUCCAUCCCCUUCAUUAACUCUACAGUUGUGAUUCACACUGAUCCCAAACUUUUGAGUGCUAAAUAUUAACAUUUAGCAUUAACUGUCUUGUCAAGCAAAAGGCCUUCUCUACAACCUAGUCCAUCUCACUUCUGGUGCUACCUGAGUUGGACAGAAUUCUAGCUCAUGGUUGCUAGGAAAGCUAGGCCUUUGAUCACAGAAGCAGACAGCUUCAGCCCCAGUCUAGGCCUAGAUAAAUGACUCUUCUCACCACAACUCUUACUAUUUUCCAAUUUCCUUUCUCACAUACUGUACACAGGUAGUAUUUUCAAUGUGAAUCCAAAGCUUGUCUGGUUCUCUGAAAAUAAUUUUCUCCCCUUUAGGUUCUUUACAUUGUGAUAAUGCUGUAUUUAAAGAGAAUAUUUAAAUGUAAUAUUAAAGAAAUAUUCAAAAGAA